UUAAAAAAAAAAAAUAUCGCAAUUAAGCAGUAGCAGAGCAGUAUAUCCAGCGCCUCUGUAAAGAAUCGAAGUCUAAACCCUCCUCUCUUCACUAUCCCCUCGAAAUCUCUCUAAAUUCGAGGCUGCCAAAAUGGUAGCAUCAGCUGUUUCAGUGCCUCUUAGCUUCUCUAUCUCUUAUCGCAACAAAACCCCCUCCAUUUCUCUAUUAUCUCACAGAAACUCGACGAGGUAUAUAGCUUCCUCUUUGCAUAGUCCCUACGGCGAUUCUUCGGCGACAGGACUAUCAAGUAAAACUUGUGGGUUUUCUCUAAGGGUUGAUGAGAAGGAUAUUCGAAAUGCUAAUCAAAGUUAUCCUGCAAUUGAAGCCAAAAAAGGAAAUCCACCCAUUAUGCCAGCAGUUAUGACUCCAGGAGGACCUUUGGAUCUAUCAUCUGUAUUAUUUAGGAAUCGCAUAAUCUUCAUCGGGCAACCAAUCAAUUCACAGGUGGCUCAGCAAGUUAUAUCGCAGCUCGUGACUCUAGCAACCAUUGAUGAGAAAGCAGAUAUUCUGAUGUAUCUCAACUGCCCCGGUGGAAGCACCUACUCUGUGUUGGCAAUUUAUGACUGCAUGUCAUGGAUAAAACCAAAAGUUGGCACCGUAUGUUUUGGAGUAGCUGCAAGCCAAGGAGCACUUCUUCUUGCUGGUGGAGAAAAGGGAAUGCGGUAUGCAAUGCCCAAUGCACGUAUUAUGAUACAUCAACCUCAGGGUGGAUGUGGGGGUCACGUGGAGGAUGUGAGACGCCAAGUAAAUGAAGCUGUUCAAUCUCGCCACAAAAUUGACAGAAUGUAUGCUGCAUUUACUGGCCAACCUCUUGAGAAAGUGCAAGAAUACACCGAGAGGGAUCGUUUCUUAUCUACCUCAGAGGCUAUGGAGUUUGGUCUGAUUGAUGGCAUCCUGGAAACAGAAUACUGAACUGGGGUCUGUUCAUGUUUGGCCAUCAAAUACACAAAAAGGAAAUUACGGGUGGAAUUGCCUGGAUUAGAUCAGUGGAUUAAAUUGGCCAACGUUUGUAUUCAGAAAAAGAAUAGGCGGGCUUUUGUGAUGCAUCUCUGUAAUUUCUUGUUUCAAUGUUCUUUAAACAGGAAAUGAUUUAUUGUACCCGAAAAGCUUGAGCGUGUUGAAAUGGAAUUUUCAUUCGAUUGAAAAGUCGAAUUUUUAUUUA